UUCCCUUCCCCAUCACUUUUGGCGAUUAUUUAGCCAGUGAAAGUAAAGAAAGUGAUUAUACUAUCGCUAAUAUUCCCUUUAAUCAGAAAAAGAAACAUUGCCAUGGUGUAAAUUCUGCUCUAAAUCCUAAACUAGUUGCUGAAAGAGUGAAAAUUAUUGAAAACAAAACCAGUCAAGACAUCUAUUUUCUAAACGCAGAAAAGUUUAGUGAAUGGCAAAAUAAGCAAAGAUUUUUAAGUGCUGAAAAUAUUCAGCAGAUUUGUAAUAAAGAUAAUUGGACCGGUGCUAAUUUAGAAAAGAUAAAAGAGCAGAAUUAUGUUUUGGUUCCACUUAGGUAUGAAUCUGAAAAACAAGCUUUUAAACUACCAACCGAAGAAGAAAAACAAGAAAUUGAUGAAAAAAUUAAGGCCACUCAGAAAGAGUUAUAUAUGCUAAUUACUGAACUGGAUGAAGCAACUAAUAUUUAUCGCGAGCAAGUAAAAAAAAUGGAUGCUGACCCUGAUUACUUAUUGAAAAAGGAUUUGGCUUUCACCGGAGAAGUCAAUUUGGACUGA